AUGGGCGAAAUAGCAAACUUGCAGCUGGUGCAGGACGAAAUUCUUCUCAAGGAUGGCUCCUGCCAAUACCGUCCCAAAGAGCGGUUGCCAGUUUGGCACACAGAUGGCACUUUCAAAGAAACGCCAGAAGCAGGCACUGCAUUGUUCUGCCGUCAGGCCCCUCCCAGCGGUGGCGCGACGUGUUUUGCAGAUGCAGUAGCAGCAUGGAAAGAGUUGUCCCUGGAGAAGCAGGAACGCUUGCAGAAGCUUAUCUGCAUCUGCAGCUUGGCGCACCACGACGCGAAGAUCAGACUUCGCAAUCCGGCUUAUCCAAUGAUGUCGCAUGAGGAGCGAUGCAGGAAUCCCGCUCGCCGUGUGCCCCUCUGCCUCCAGCAUCCAGAAACGGGCCAGUGCUCCAUUUAUGGUAUCAAUUCCAGCACGUGCUCGCUCAUCGACAAGGGGCAAGAGAUGUGCCCUUCAAAGCUGCGUCACUAUGAAGAAACUGGCGAAGAGGAUGAUUCGGUUGCCAUACUUCGGGAUCUCUUGGUGCAUGCCACUGCACCUCAAUUUACUAUCGUGUGGAACUGGCUGCCUGGAGACUUUGCAAUUUGCGACACUCGGUCUACAAUGCAUUGUGCCACCUCGUACGAUCAGAACUUCACCCGGGAAAUGUGGCGGACAACAAUCAUGCCUGAUGCAUGCUUUGCUGUCAGCUUCGAUGCUUGCUGA